AUGCACGCACCUCGACAUCGAGCGAAAGUUUCAUAUGACAAAGGACGGUGUGUUCCUGUUGGUUGGAAACCGCUUGUUGUCGAUCCUCGUGUACGAAGUUACAUCUAUGCCAGAGCAAAACGGACGUGCUUAGAAGCUAGAGAUCGAGAAGCACAACGUCGGGCUGCUGAGGAACGACAACGUGAACGGCAACAGAUGCGUGAACGAGUUGAUGAGGAUUUGGAAGCUUGUGAAGCUGAGAAAUGGUCAUGCAUGAUGAGAAAGGUUCAGUUACGUUUCGGAACUAAAAGUUUAAUUCUGUUGGAGCAUGUAUCGUUGGAAAGAGUGAAGGCGCGUCGUGAUGAAUUAGCAGCAGAGAAGCAUGAGUGCUUUACAAAACUCAAGGCUUGCUUGCAACGAGAGUCCAUGCAGAAAAAAGCUGAAGAUGAAAAGAAGCGGAGAGAAUUAAUAACACUUCAAAUGCAGCAACCGUUCCUUGCGGCAACAAUACAAGCUCAAGCACAGGUCCAAGCCCAGGCACAGGCUAAUAGCUUGAUUUCCAACCAGCAUCUUCUCACACAACAAAAUCUUCUGUCACAGCACUUCAACGCACAUAGUCUAUUGAACCAACAAGCGUUGCUUCAACAUCAACAAUUGUUGGCAGCUCAAAAACUUCAAGAACUUGCGCAGCAACGUAGUUUGGUGCAACAACAACAGCAACAACAACAACAGAGUACGCCACAAGCAACUGCGCAACAAAGCUUACCAGCAGGGAUUUCACCGGCAUAUUUGCAACAAGCACUUGGACAAGUCCAGGGUUUACUACCAGGACCAUCUCCUACAGUACCUGGUUUUACAGCAAAUACCGCGGUCAAUAUGUCGUUAUCAACCCUUGAUGAUGUGUGUCCCAUCUGUCUGUGUUCAAUGGAUGAAGAGUUUUCGCGGCCAGAAAACUGUCAACAUAGAUUCGACCUUGAAUGUUUGACUGAAUGGUCUAAGUUACGAUUAAGUUGUCCAUCAUGUCGCUCUACAUUUGGUGCGGUUUACUCAUACAAAAUAGUUGGAGCAAAACCAGUACUAUUCAAAGUACAAAAGAUGGAUCCUCCCAAGGAGGCUGAGCCAUUCGAUGAGACGAACCCGCUCGAUUUCACAAUGUGUGAAAUCUGCUCUGGUGGGCAGAAUGAAGAACUCCUUUUGAUAUGUGACCAGUGUGACAAAGGGGAUUAUAGUGAUGAAGGCAGCACAGAAGGUGAAUAUUAUGAACAGGAUGAAGAAGAGGAGGCAGAUAACGAAUCCGUUUCUUCACAUGAAGAAGAAAUAAAUGACUUCUUUGACGACGAUGCGCGAGUUUUGGGUGACCUAGAGUUGAGCGUGUCGUAUGGGGUUCCAUCGUUACCCAGCGUGAAAAGAAGUAAGAAGAGGAGGUGUAUGAAAAAAUCCUCUAAAAGAGCAACAAAGACGAGGAAAUUAGUGCAGAAAUCUGCGAAGAGGAAACGACGACGGAAUAAGCCUAUUCUUUCUACGCAGAAAUGUAAGCGCCCUAUCAAAGUGGAAGACACCUUGAUUAGUUCGGCAUCGCGACGUGGUGCUCCUCGUGAACCUAUUACACGGCUCUCACUACUUGGUGCUGAACUGGAACCAGUUGUUGAUCCGUAA